AGCUGUAAAUUCUCAACCCGUGGCAUUCGGCUGCUGGGUUUGACAUGCUGCACUUGUGUUUUGUUCAUCUAUAUUCUGCUUUCAGGUUUUCAAGAGCUCAAGAGGACAAUUAUUUAAUGUGAGUGCUGACGUACUGUUGUAUGAAGAUGACGAUGAUGAUGGAUGGUAAGGAUUUCUGGAGUUUGGAUCUCUCAGACAUCAUGGGGAAGCAGAAACCAAUGUCUUCUCAAGCACGUUACUCCAUCAGCUCCUGCUUCUGUAAUCUGUCUCGCUGUGAAAAAAAUUCUCCCCAACCCACAGAGUUGCAGAUGGCUGAAGACUCGCAGGUCGUGGACAUGGCAGUGCUUGUGCUGGGAAUUCUGCUGGGAUUUGUGGGAUUUGUAGCAGGAGUCGUUAUUAUCAUAAUGAGCAAACUGGAGCCGCGGGCGGUAUGAUCAUGACCUUCACACUGGACAUAAUUUGUUUAUGCGGAUUUGUUGUAUAAAUAAAGGAUAUUUAUUGAA